UCCUUGGGAUGAGUCGGAGGAAGCGACUUCCAACUGUAGUAUAAUAGAGCCGGGCCACAUCGUUCCUCCCCAUCUCAUUUCACCAACUGCGGUGAACACGUGAGAAGCUUCUGCGCGAGUUCGACAUGCCUGGCAGUCCCCCAAUUAGCUCUCUCGACUGCCGCAGUUCGGAUAGACUAGUGCCGCUGUCGACCAGUCCCUGCAGAACCAGCAACAACAGGAGCAACAGGAGCUGCGGUGUGGGUGGGUAGAUCAUUGGGGCAUUUGAUGAUUGAUGGGUACCUGGACUGCUCCAAGUAGCAGAACGUGUUCUAUGAUAGGCAGCUCGAUUCCCACGCCCCCCACCGGUCGCACUCCGCACCUGCUUGUUUGGGAUGCACUAUCGCUGCCAAACCUGCAGGGCCGCGCACCGCCAGGUUCAUGUUCUCGGUCAAACGUGAAUCGAGAUAACAGAUUCGCGUCCUGCAUAGCUCUCAGCUGGAGCGCCACAUAAACCACCCUCGGCGAACUGCGACGUUGCAGUCACGCCACCCAUUUCGAUCGAGCGGCCUGCCCUCCAGUUGAGAGCAUUCAGCGAGCUCUCGAUCGAGUUGCAGGUACGUCGAGAUGGAGCCCUUGACCAUGGAGCCAUCGAGGAAGUCCUCUUCGCGGAGGUCCAACGCCAGGAGGUCGUCGGCACGCAUCCAUGACUUGGCGAUCACAAUCCUCGAAGACGGCACGAUUGAUAUGAUGCCCGCCGUCGACAUGGAUCCCGCCGCUGCGGUCUACUUCGAGAAGGGAGCCGAGGUUUUACUCGGCAAAGAGAUACCUGUCACGACUCCGCCUCCCGCUAAAGACCCCCCAAAGUCGACGAAGUCGACGAGAUCGGACAAGUCACGCCUCGCGGUGCUCCUCAAGGAGCAGGACUGGUUCAGCAUAUACAAGCGCUUCGCCGCAAUCAGUUUCCUCACCAACGUGGUUCUCUUCAGCGUCGCUGUCUCCGGGCACUGGCCUUGUGCGCGCGACAACGCAGCCCUGCUCUCUCUCGCGAAUGUGGUCGUGCUCAGCCUGUGCAGAAACGAGGUCUUUCUGCGGAUGGUGUUUUGGCUGACGGUGCUACUGUUCGGGCACUCCUGGGUUCCGCUCAGGCUCAAACUGUGGAUUACCCACGCCCUCCAGAACUUGGGCGGCAUCCACGCCGGGUGCGGCGUCGCUUCCCUUCUGUGGGCAGUGUAUGCUCUGGCGUGGCUCGCUGAGCACAUCCACCGAGUUCCCAAAUCCUCGGUCGCCAUCCUGUCGGUGGUGUUCGUCCUGCUUCUCAUUUGUUGCCUUGCGGCAUGCCCCUUGGUCAGACACGUACAUCACAACGUCUUCGAAAACGCACAUCGGCUGUGUGGCUGGGCUGCCUUGGGCCUCAUCUGGGCUUUCAUAGUCAUAUCCGCCACCUACGACCCCUUCACCGGCGAUUUCUACACCAACGGCGACCGAAUCGUCCGCCGCGUGGACAUCUGGUUCGCCGCCGGGCUCACCGUCGUCAUCUUUCUGCCGUGGACGCUAAUCCGCAGAGUGCCCGUCCGCGCCUCCAGCCCCGACGAGUCCGUGUCGCUCAUCACCUUCCCGGACGGACUGCCGGUGGGAGUGCUCGGCCGCAUUGCACGCAACCCGUUGAAGGAGUGGCACGCCUUCGGAAUCGGCUCGGACGGGUUCUCGAAGAACAUUAUGAUCUGCGGAGCCGUGGGAGAUUUCACCAAGCGCCUCGUCACCCACCCGCCCACUCACCUAUGGACCAGGACGGUCCGCUUCGCAGGGGUGGCGUAUUUGGCCAACAUGUACAAGAGGGCUGUGUUCGUGGGAACGGGCUCUGGGCUGGGACCGUUUCUGUCCUUCAUCAUGCAGCCCAGCAAGGUGGACGUGCACCUCAUCUGGAUCGCCAAGGAUAUCCCCAAGGCGUACGGAAGGAAAAUUACAAAAAUCCUCGACAGGUACGACGGGUCGAUCACGCCGUGA